UUGGAGUACUAUAUAUAUAUAUAUAUAUAUAUUGUUAUUUCGAUACUUUUGAAAAUGCGGUAAUAAAUAUCUACGAACUGAUCAUCUUUAAACGCCACUAGGGAAGUUGUCGUUUCUAGGUUACUUUGGAACAGUUAUCAAUAAUGACGUCAUAAUUUGAACUGAGCACGAAACAACAAAAAUUCUCUUUUUUUCACAAAAAAGCUGUCUUCCCGAGCGACAAACCUUGUUUCGGAGCUGGCGAAUUACGGUCUGUUUAGUCGUUUAUCUACAGUUAUUCCUUCCAUUGAUGAUAAUGCCAAGAAGACGGAAAUCAUAUAAAUCCAACGGUUACAAACAUGGCUGUUGCUUCGAAAGUGAUAACUACCAACUUCGGGAGAAGCUUUUAAUCACCGGAAUAAUUAUCCUGAUAGCAGGAAUCAUAUUGAUCAACCUGUACAUCAGAAAUCUGCUGACUCAUCGUGAUGAAAAAGAGAGAGUCAAAAAGUUGGAGGUAAUGAUUAAAGACCAAAACCAAAUAUUGAUAGAAACAAAAGAAAGAUUUGAAACGAUCACAAAGCAGGCAUCCGACAAUUCUACAACACUGAAAAUAAAUUCGGCAAAAGAAAAUACAGGACAACAGGCAAAUAUGGAAGUUCUCCAGACGCAGUAUAAUUUGAAGAUAGUAGAGAUGCAAAGACGAAUACAAUCAACGGAGUUAAAAAUAACAGACGCGAUUUCUUUAAUGAAUUCAUCAAAAAAGAGUAAGGUAGAGAAAACUAUGUACGAGUCUCAAACAAGGAGUUGGUAUCUGGCAACAAACAACAUGCUGUACAAGUUUUUUCGUAUUAUGGUUACUUAUGAUGAGGCAAGUGAAAAGUGCAAGAUUCUAGGUUCCAGACUCGCUUCUGAAUUAUCAAACAAUGAUAGCCGAAGAGAACUUCAGUCUAACGUGCUAGAUGGAACUACAAAAAAUGUUUGGAUCGGUCUACCCGACUCAGCACAUGAAGGGAGUUGGAUUAGGUCAGACGGAACACCUCCAAAGUGGAAUAAUACUGACUGGAAUAAAAAUGACUCAAAUAACAAUCAAAGAAAUGGAAGCUGCGCGAUUAUGGGCAAUACAUUGAUUUGGAAGAUGGUCCAUAUUUCAUGCACAAAUCGAUUUUCUUUUCUUUGUGAAAAAGAUUAAAACUGAAUGCGUCGACAGAUUUCUAAAAUAUUUGUUUGCUGAUUUUGAGAAAUUCAAAAUAGCUGUAUAAUAUUAUUAUAUAUUAUUAAAUUUUGGACACUGCAAAGAGGAUGACGAGUUUUGUUGCUUCACUUAGCAAUUUUACAAUGUCUAUGACGCGCACAUGAACCCAAACGCCAUUCAAGUCUGUAUCGCCUGUGAAGGGAACUAGCCGCGAGAUAGCUUUGCUUUUUGAUGUUUAGCACAAUGCACCAACUGUCGAGCAUGCUCAGAUUAGUACAUGCGUG